CUUGUUUUCCUUAUCGGGCUGGUGAAAUGGUCGGUAGAAGAGUGAGCCGAUUAAAAACCCGAACAUCCCAAAUGGUGUGCUGCGAAAUAAUUUCACUGAUAAAUAGUGAGGCUCGCUUAGGGCUCGAAAUUUGAAUCGCAUUGGCGCCUUUGAUUUAUUCUGGUCCUCGCGUUGUCUUGGCUCCUCCGUCUUCUCAUAGAUCUCUUAAUUCUUCUCUCUCUCUAUCCUUUGAUUGUCAGUACCUUCAUUUUUGGGGGCGCAGCUCAUGUGGGGAGCUGACAGUUGAUAUAUAGGGUUGGUUAAGAAUACAUUAUCUGCUUCAGUAAGCUGUACUGGAGAAUUCUAUAAGAGCAACAUACAGUUUUUUCUUUCUUCUUCCCAGAAUGGCACAAUAUUAUGACAUUGAUGAUAUUUUAGCCGAAGAUGAGCUUGUGCCAGCCAUAUUCCAAGAGGCAGCAAAUGGAGUUGGGCUCUUUUAUUCCAGUGAUGAUACCAACAAGGUGGAACAAGGUUCAAAGGUAGAGCUGCCUCUCUGGCUUGCUCGUGAGUUGCACCUUAGACAAGCAGCAGCAAUCAAUGUUCCCCACUGUUUCAAUAAAAAAACAAGGGACGAAAUUGAGGCUGAUGGUGCACAUGUGGAUCUAAGGAAUCGUUGCCAAUACUUCUAUGAAUUAGGAUACAAAAUAGCACCACUGGUUAGUGACAAAACCAUUGGAUCCUUCCUCUUAUUUGCAUUUCAGACCAGGUACAAGGAAGUCCUGAUUAAGGCACACACUGCAGCUUUGUCAGUGGCUUCCAAAUUCUUGUCAAUUCUGACAAAAGAAGAAGCAAAACUGUACGAGGCUGCUCAAUCCUCAAUGACAGCGUUUAAAAAGUGGCGAAUGGGUGGCCCCAGAUUUCAGAAAGCUUCUGUUCUUGGGAGGAAGAGAAAACCAAUCGAAUAGAUGCUAUCUCUGAUAAUCCGGUAUCAUUCACGAAGUCAUUGCAAAUAGAUGACUAGUUGGGACCUUGUUUGUUGGUACGAGUAAAGACUUAAUCAAGCUUUCUGGUAUCUGUAUCCAAGUAGAAGGCAAUCUGUUUCUGCCAUUGGAUAGUUGCGACUUUGAGCAGAGAUGGCGAGUUUCUUAUUCGAAAGAUCUUCUGAAUGAAUCUUGAAACUCCACUGCUCUUUCAUUUGUGUCCUUGAUGACCAUAAAUUUUUUGCUAAUGUAUUGCCAUCAAAUGGAUAUUACCUAAACCAACAUAUAACAUCCCUUUUUUCCUUGUAUACUUUCCUUUGGGAAGAUUGGAUCUUCUGAGUGACACAGCUUACUGGACCAACAACUUAAAAAGCUUUUAGUAACGUCUUUCAAUAAGAUCAAGAUCUGUGAUUUAGUGGUAUUUCUACUUUGAGACUUAGUGAUAUCUUUAUU